AGAUGGAAAUCUAACACACACUGUAGAGGUAGUGCGUAUGGACGACAGAAUUAAGAAGAUCCUUUUCAGAAAUAUAACUCCAAAUACUUGUAGUACUUUGCAAAGCCCAAAAAGGCAGCAUAGUACACUUGAGCAGUGAGCCAUGAUAUGAACUCACCAAGAAGAAGAGCAAGAAGAAGAACAACAAGAAAAGUGAAGAGAUUGGAGGGAUAAACAGUAGUUCGUCAUCAAGCAGCAGGUGUCAAGACUGUGGAAAUCAAGCCAAGAGAGACUGUGAACACUUGAGGUGCAGAACCUGCUGCAAGAGCCGAGGGUUUGAGUGUCAAACCCACGUUAAAAGCACUUGGGUCCCGGUUUCCCGGCGGCGUCCCAGGCAGCAUAUAAUGCACCAGCACCACCAGAUUUCAGACACUGUGGAGGACCAGCACCAUGGAUCAAACCCUAAAAGAUUCAGAGAGCAGAAUCCAGCACUAUUAGGGUUAGAGGAAGGGGAUUUUCCAGGUGAAGUGAGCUUUCCGGCAGUGUUCCGAUGCGUUCGAGUGAGUUCAAUGGACAAUGUGGUGGAUCAGUAUGCGUAUCAGACAUCGGUGAGCAUCGGAGGUCACGUAUUUACAGGCAUUUUAUACGACCAGGGGCCUGAGGCGGAUGGGACCGGGAAUUAUGUGACUGGAGGGAGCUCUAGUUCUGCUGGUAUUGGCUUAUUUGAGCAGACUCACUUUGUCAAUAGUACUACUGCUACUGCAACUGGUACAACCUCCUCUCCAUAUCCUAGCCCUUUUUGUGCUUUUACCGCUACUAGUUCACAGUUCUUUCAUCAGUACCCCAAAUCUUGAAACAUAAUGUUUGGUA